UCUGGGAUCUUGGGCACACACACUCAGCAUGAAUUUCCAGCCGCUGGAUCUGAGAUUGAAGUGGCAGUGAGCCAUGUGGGAGUCCUGCAUCUUAACCACCAUGCCACUUGCUGGCCCUAUAAUCUCAUUUAAAAAUGACUUUGUGUGUUAACUUUAUUUUAUGAAAGGGGGAGAGUCAUGUACCUGUAGUAAGAUCUACACAGCCCCUCCCUCAGCUGGCCCAGAUUAUGGGCAUGCAGGGACGUCAUGACAUCUCAGGGAGGUCUCGCAUGCAAACCCAAGACCUUUCCCUUGUGGGUCCACUUGCAUUCCUGCUGCGUGACUGCCUGGCCUGAAAUACAUUUUCGGGAGAUGGCAUCUAAAUCCUGGCUGAAUUUUUUAACCUUUUUGUGUGGAUCGGCAAUAGGAUUUUUUUUAUGUUCUCAGCUAUUCAGUAUUUUGUUGGGAGAACAGAGUGACACUCAGCCUAGUAUUCUUCAUAAUGAUCCUCAUGCUAGGCAUUCAGAUGAUAAUGAACAGAAUCAUCUUGAAGGACAGAUGAACUUCAAUGCAGAUUCUAAUCAACAUAAAGAUGAGAACACAGACAUCGCUGAAAACAUCUACCAGAAAGUAAGAAUUCUUUGCUGGGUUAUGACUGGUCCCCAAAAUCUGGAGAAAAAGGCCAAACAUGUCAAAGCUACUUGGGCCCAGCGUUGUAAUAAAGUAUUGUUCAUGAGUUCGGAAGAAAAUAAAGACUUCCCUGCUGUGGGAUUAAAAACCAAAGAAGGCAGAGAUCAGCUAUAUUGGAAAACAAUUAGAGCUUUUAAGUACGUUCAUGACAAUUAUUUAGAAGAUGCUGACUGGUUUAUGAAAGCCGAUGAUGAUACGUAUGUCGUACUAGACAAUUUGAGAUGGCUUCUUUCAAAAUAUAACCCCGAAGAUCCCAUUUACUUUGGGAGAAGAUUUAAGCCCUAUGUAAAGCAGGGCUACAUGAGUGGAGGAGCAGGAUAUGUACUAAGCAAAGAAGCCUUGAAGAGAUUCGUUGAUGCAUUUAAAACAGAAAAAUGUACACAUACUUCCUCCAUUGAAGACUUAGCAUUGGGACGGUGCAUGGAAAUUGUAAAAGUAGAAGCAGGAGAUUCUAGAGAUGCCACUGGAAAAGAAACUUUUCAUCCAUUUGUACCAGAACAUCACUUAGUCAAAGGUUAUUUACCCAAAACCUUUUGGUACUGGAAUUAUAACUAUUAUCCUCCUGUAGAGGGUCCUGGAUGCUGUUCUGAUUUUGCAGUUUCUUUUCACUAUGUUGAUUCUACAACUAUGUACGAGUUAGAAUACCUCAUUUAUCAUCUUCGUCCAUAUGGUUACCUAUACAGAUAUCAACCUGCCUUACCUGAAAAUAUAUUAAAGCAUAUAGGGCAAGCAAGCAAAAAUGAAGAUCCAAAAGUAAAAUUAGGAAACCCUUGAAAGAAAAACAUGAAUGAACAGAGGUAAAAUAUCUAGCACUGCACUGAAGAAGGACUUUUGUAUCUCUGGCAUAGAACACUGGAAUCCCAGUGAAGAAUUCUAGGUGAACGUUCCAUAUAGAAAUCUUUCAUACGAAUGACUGUAAACUGAAGCUUUAAAUGAGCUGUGAAAUCUGUUAAAAUGUGUUUUGAUAUAGUUUUAUAUAUGUAAAUAUAUAUAAAGAACUUUUAUUAUAUAUAGGUUAUUUAUAAAAAACUGUUACUAUAUAGAAAAGUUCUUUAUAUAUAUGUAUAUAUAUAAAGAACUUGUGUUUUUAAAAUGGUAGCCAUUUAGAGGAACUAGAAAAGAAAUUUUAUUGCUUGUUCCUGACUCUCUAUUACUGUUACUGAGAACUACAGCAGGUUAAAUUUGCUAAAACUGCACUGUACCAUGUUAGUAACAAACACAAUGCUAAACAGAUCUGCCUUAAGGAAAAUUUUAGAAGGAAAUAUUAUUGCUCAGUGUUGAUUAUAAGCUCAAGAUAUGAGUUUUUAUUUACAGUGUGGUAUAAAUGAACCAAACCCCUCACACACAUACAGAUUUUGUCUAAUGAAAAUUUUGCUGUGAUUAUUUAUCAUUGGCAGUAUUUCUUCCAGAAGAAGGUAGAAUAAGAAUGGCACUUAUCCUAGAGUGCAUCAUUAAUAAAACUAUACUUUGAAAUUAUCACGGACCUUGACUAUAAUAUAUACUUGAGUCUAACUAAAAAUAUUUUACUCAGUUCCUGUUGUCUCUCUUCUAAAUAUGUUUACAAUUUAUUCAAUUCCAUUCUCUACUCUUAAGUAUUUGUUUACUCAAAGCAUCAAUGGCAUCCUGUAAACAUGCAUUUUAAAUACUUUGUUCCCAAAUUUACCCAUUGUCAAUUAUGGGCAACUACUAGUAGUAAAAGUAAUGUUAUUUGGGAAUGCGUUUCUUAUUUCAUUGCCACUCUCAGGAAUUACCAAAUGACAUGUUAAUUGACUAUUUAAAAUUCUUUCCAACUAUAUAAUUAUAUUCCUUCCAUUCUCUUCCUAUUGAGAGAUAAGAAAUUAUGUGUGCCUUUUAUAAUAUGUAUAAAGCAAUUUUAAAAUUUAAAGCAGAGUUUUAAAAAAAAUCAUUUUUAGGCUCUGAGGUGGCUAUUAAUUACACUGGCAGAAUAAUUUGUAUGCAAGAUUUUGACCAGAGUUAAAAACAUUGGAAAAUGCAAAGUGUUGAAGUAAACUGAAAUGUCUCAUAUUGGGAAAGUCAUGACAUGUUUUUUAAUGCAGAAACACGUCAUGAAUUUCCCAGCAGCCUAAUAUUAAAAGACCAAAUACUUAACUUUACCAAUAACAUCCUGAAGUUUACUGUCUUGAGAUAAUUGUUACAGAUGAUUCUAACAAAGCAAAAUAUCUAUUCAAGACUGUCAUCAAAAAACGCAUUCACAAAUGUUUUAUUCUAACUUUAAUGACAGAGUCUGUUUAAAGGGUUUCUGGGAGGAAAGAAAAUUUUUAAUUUUCAUUGUCUUUAGCAAUACUAUUGAGUGUAUCAUAACAAUAUUUUACAGACUUCCUAGAAGAUUAUUUUUAAUGUUAGAAAUGAUUUAAAUUUCUCUUGUGUUUAUUAUGCUAAUUUUACAUGGCUGUCAUGCCAUUAACUCUGCUGCUUAGCUAAAUAAUUUGUAUUUAUUGUGCCAAACAUUGUCAAAACCAUGACCUCUUUGGAUAGUAUAUUUGAGAGGAUCUUCAUUUCAGUGACUAAUUAUGGAUUACUCUGUCCACAUAGUGAAAAUAUGCACCGAUUUUUGCCUAUUAAAUUGUUUUCUUUUGUUGUUAUUAUGGUGGUAUUAUCUGCCAGAAUUUCAUAGCAUUCAUCCGACUCUUUCAACAACUUUUCACCAUAUUGUGGACAUGAAUUUACAGCUGUGGUCCACAUAUGCCACUUUUCUUUACUAGAAGUAUAAAUGGUAUAUUAUGAAUAUCCAAACAUCUUAAAAUUCACUUAUUCAUAGGAAAUUAAUUUUGUAAUGGAUCCUGGGCUCUGGAUUUGAACUGCCUGGGUUUAAGUUUUUGCUCUACCACUUUCUAUUUUUGUAACCUUGAGCAAUUUACUUACUCUCACUGUGCCUCAAUUUCCUCAUCUGUAAAUUAUGAAUAAUAAUGCUACCUACCUCACAGAAUUUUUACAAGAACUAAAUAAGUGAAUAUAUGUAAGGCUCUUAGAAUACUUCUUGCCUAGAACAAGGGGCAGUAAUUAUAAGAUUUUAUUAUUAUUAUAUUACCUUGGAAUAGAAGUACUACAUUUAAUUGAAUGAAAAAUCUGCUUUGACAAAAUUAGAUAGUGAAGGAAGUAUUUUGUAUGUUUCUUAUAAUAAUAAGUAGUAUAACUAGUAUUUAUCUAGUACCUACUGUAAGCCAGGUACUUUGCUAGGUAUUCUGUGUAUACUAAUGUUAAUCCUCACAGAUUGGGUGUUAUUCCCGUAUUACAGAUGAGAAAACUAAGGCUCAGAGAAAGUAAUUUUUUCACUGUCACAGAACUAGUAAGUAACAGAGCUAGGAUUUGUACUCAAAACCUGUGUGCUCAUUUGUACCAUGUAAGACUUGCGUUGGUCAUUUAGCAUUAUUCUGUUUUCACCUGUAUAACGUGACGUCUGACACACUGGCUAGUUAAUGUCAGAUUAACUAGCCAAAUUGUCAUAGCGCUUCUUAAACUGUGGUUCUCAAACUCUUGUCUAGGAGCAUUUAAAAUGAAGAUUUGAAGACUCCAAUUCUACAAAUUCUGAUUUUAGGAUGGGGCCCAGGAGAAUACGUUAUUAGGGCAGUGGUUGUAAAGCUUGGUCCCAGCAAGCAUCUACGUCCCCUGGGAACUGGUUGGAAUUGCACCCUCUUUUGGCCCUACCUCGUACCUGACUUAGAAACUCUUAAGGGUGGGAGCCAACAUUUGUGUUUUAAACUGGCCCUAUAGAUGCUUCUUACUCAUCCUAGUUUAAGACCUAAAUGGAUUCUGGUGCAGUCUUUGGAACACACUGCGAAUUAUACUACCCCUUGAGCAUUUUAAAUCACUGUAGUCCAGGAUCACAUCAUCCACUAGGAUCAGUGGAUUAUUCAUUUUAGCAAUAUUCUUUAGCUUCCCCAGAGUGACUAAUAUCAAUUCUCCAAGUUGAGUUAUUUCACAUUGAGGCAGGAAAGGUACAUUAAAUUCUAAUAAGUGCAUACUGAUUCAUUAAAAGCAUAUAUAAAAGAGUGUCAUCAAAAAUUUCCACAAUUCUUAAUUUUAAAAAAGUGACAAAAUGUUUUAUACUAUGGAAAGCAUUUUUCUCCUGAUGUGUGCUAUCAAAAUUUUAUCACUUGCAAGAAUCAUUUGCUGUCCUCCAUGACCUAAUAAAACAAAAGAACUUUACAAACAUUUGAUAGAGCACACAAAACCAGAUUUCAUGAUAGUGAUUCAUUAUCUUUUAGAUUAAGAUAUUUGUCACUUGGGUAAACUAUUUUAGUAUGGUCUCAAAACUUAAGGCGUUCAAUGUCUUACCUUCUAUAAUAACAAUAUGCUUGUAUUUUCUAGUGGGAAGUUCAUAGACAAAGCAGGUUUUCAUCCCAGAGUUUGUUUUGAAAUAUCUUUAAAUUUCAGAGUUUUUCUUACUAGAGUAAGAUUUGAAAAUAAAUUACUAGUUCUUAAUAUUUUUUUAAUAUAAUUGGAGUUGAGUGCCAAAUUUGAUGUUACUUUCAUAAUUAUUUCUUGAGUAUUUUUCACCUUAAGCCUAUCAAAUAUUAUUACCAGAUUGAAUCACUAUUUUACUUGAAAGAAUCCCUCGUGUGAUUGAUCAGAUCAUAAUCUAGCCUUUUAUUCUUUAUUUAAACUUUCAAUUCAUUAGACUGUUAAUUCUCUGAUACAAAUUUCUGCUUUGUUGUAUUUAUUGCCCUUUAUUUCCUUCAUAACUAACUUUCAAUUUUUUAGCUCCUCUUAUUGCUACCUUGACAAGGUUAAUUUGGCUGUUAUUAGUAAUUCAAAUGUUUAAUCACUUGCUGAUAACUUUAUAUGUGUUUACUUUAGGUUUCUCUGUGAUAUUGAAAGUAAAAGUCUAAGAAUAAUGCCUGCUGGUUCUCAGGAUACUUGCCCUAGUUAAAAAUUCUACAAGUUUAAACUAAUUUGACAUAAACAAUCAUUAAAGAAAGUAAAGUUAUUUGGACCCUCCCCAGCCUUUUCUCAGAAACGAAGAACAAAACUCAUUUGCCUCAUUGCUCUAUUUCUUUAUAAGUAGGACUGACACAAACAAACUAAAGAUAUCUGGGCACAACCUGUGGUAUAGUUUAUGCUAAAUAUAAUCUGUUGAUAAAAAGUGAAAUGUUUAUAUAUCAGAGUGAAAUAGCAGUUUUAACACGAUUAGCAUAGGAAAUUUUACAAAUUUUCUU